AUGGUGGCCCUGAGGACGUCUGCUGGACGUAAAGCCGGUGCUAGACAAUUUUCGAAAUCAUGGAAACAAUAUCAAAACCAAAACAACCAAGAGAGCCCAGCGCCGAAGGGCUUCGGAUCCCGACUACGAUUUGCGCUCCGAAACACUAAGGUGGAAUGGUAUCCGAUCCCAGUAGGACUCGGCAUUGGUCUCCUGGGUAUCCUCCAUUUUUACAAGUCGCAAAGAGCCGAGCAGGAACGCCGAGAAAGAGAAGCGGAAGAUGAGAUUAUAAACCCCCCUCCACGGCAUAGGAUCAAGCCAAGCGGGCCAUGGCAGGUUCAGAUCAUGUCGACCCUGCCACUAAAAGCAAUCUCCCGACUAUGGGGCCGCUUUAAUGAGCUUGAGCUUCCAGUUUUCCUUCGCGCGCCUGGAUUUAAACUCUAUUCAUGGGUUUUUGGUGUCAACUUGGAUGAAGUAGAACAGCAGGAUCUCCGCACCUACCCGAACCUGGCAGCCUUCUUCUAUCGCAGACUGAAGCCUGGUGCCCGGCCCUUAGAUCCCGACACCCAUGCGGUUAUCUCGCCUUCGGAUGGCCGUAUCCUUCAAUUCGGUCUGAUCGAACGUGGCGAGGUAGAACAGGUCAAGGGGGUUACAUACAGCUUGGAUGCACUCUUGGGGGCAGCUACACCUUCACAUGCUGAUCACUCCAAGAAGUUCACGGAUCACUCGACAGAACCUUCGCAGAAAGAUGCAGCUGACAUGGCAGCCGAUGAGGAAUUUGCCAGAAUGAAUGGCAUUCCCUACACGCUACCAACUCUCUUCGCCGGUGACCAGGGUGGUGCAAGGCACCGCUCAGCGUCAUUGGACGCUUCAACAGGAUCAAAGGCUGCUGCAGAAGCAGAAGUCAAGGCUGAUCUGGCUCGCGGUGACGGUGCUCCAUGGUAUGCGCCGAAACCCAAGUCGAAUAACGCACUUUACUACGUCGUGAUCUACCUCGCACCUGGCGAUUACCACCGUUUCCAUUCCCCCGUGCCCUGGGUGGUCGAGAGCCGCCGACACUUCGCGGGUGAACUGUAUUCUGUCUCGCCAUACCUGCAGCGUCACCUUCCCGGACUCUUCACUCUCAACGAGCGGGUUGUCCUUCUGGGACGUUGGCGCUGGGGUUUCUUCAGUUAUACCCCCGUUGGUGCUACCAAUGUGGGCUCUAUCAAGGUGAACUUCGACUCCGAGCUGCGCACAAACAGCCUCACCACAGACACCGCCGCAGAUAUGGCGGCAGCUCUUGCUGCCAAGCGAGGCGAGCAGUAUCCCGGUUUCGUUGAGGCAACCUACCUUCACGCCAGCAGGACUCUCAAAGGCCAUCCGCUCCAGAGGGGAGAGGAGAUGGGAGGAUUUCAGCUAGGCAGUACGAUUGUCCUGGUCUUUGAGGCACCAAUGGGCACCCGUAAGUCGUUCGACGCGGGAUAUCAAGAAGGAAAACGCGAGGGCGGGUGGAACUGGACCAUCGAGAUGGGCCAACGCAUCAAGGUCGGUGAGAAGCUAGGGUAUGUGGACACCGAAAAGUGA